AUGAAGUCUACCGUUGCCGCCGUCGGCCUCAUGGCCUCCCUCGCCAGUGCCACCGCCUACCAGCCCCGCCACUUCCACUGGCGCCGCGACAACUCUACCGCCUCCGCCGCCCCCGGCUUCACCACCCUCACCGUCGAGGUCACCGAGGUUGCUACCGUCACUUCUUGCGCCCCUACCAUCACCAACUGCCCUGCUCGCAGCGGUACCCUCUCCGCCUCCGACCUCAUCACCCAGGUUGUCACCAACGUCGUCCACCUGACCGAGACCGUCUGCCCCGUCACCGAGGCCGAGAGCAUCUCCAAGUCCCUCGUCCAGGAGCACUCUACCGGCAACCUCCCCGGUUCCACCCGCACCGCUCCCGCCGUCUCCGCCACCCCCUCCGCCCCCGGCGUUCCUCUUACUACCGGCGGUGGUGUCCCCGUCCCCGGCGUUCCCUCGCAGACCAACUCUGCCCAGGACCCUACCGUCACCAGCCCCCCUGCCACCGGCGGCGACAACGAGGAUGAAGACGAUGACUGCCCCGCUGACGGCGAGGUCGAGACCUCCGUCACCGAGAUCGUCAGCACCAAGAUCGUCACCAUGACCAUCGGCAAGGGCUCUACCGCCUCCGUCAUCACCACUGCCGUCCCUACCACCGCCGUCUCCACCGUCCUGGUCCCCAAGCCCACCACCGAUGGUGCCGUCAAGCCCUCUGCCUCCGUCCCUGCUGGCGGCUCCGUCACCGGCGCCAUCGGCUCUGAGGAGCCUACCACCACCACCACCGCUACCUCCACCGGCACCCGCACCGUCACCAUCAAGCGCCCCAACGCCACCGGCACCCCCGGCUCCGACUCCGACUCCGACAAGAGCACCGGCAACGGCAACGGCUCUGACGGCGAGUGCUCUUGCCCCGCCGUUACCGUCACCGUCCCUGCCUCCACCGUCUACGUUACCAUCGGUGGUGCCUCUUCCACCCCUACCGCCGCUGCCGGUAACGGCAACAGCAACGGCUCUGGCUCCGGCUCCGGCUCCGGCAACGGUGCUUCCGAGCCCAGCAAGACCGCCUCUGCCCAGCAGCCCGCUACCACCGAGGCCGCUGACGAGGGUGAGGACGAUGAGUGCCCCGCCGACGAGGAGGAGGUUGUCACCCUCUCCACCACCGUCACCGUUGCUCCCUUCCCCACCAACGGCACCGGUGCCGGCAGCGCCAAGCCCACCGGCGCUGCUUACCGCCGCUCCAACAAGCUCUUCUAA